CUAUAAUUUGUUUGAAUUAAGCAUUUAUGGAAUACGGCUUGUGCUUAUGUUGAAUAUUCCUGUUUUUCCUUGGUGGAGCAAGGUUCCCAUCAACACUGCUCUAAGAUUGGAUGUAAAAGCUAGUGUUUGAAAACCAUAAUUUGACUUCGCAGUGGUCUAAACGUGGCUUAGCACCACCCGUACCUAUAGCAUCAUCCAUGGUUAAAACAACGACCUAUCAUUUUUGGAUUAAGCGUUAUUGGGAUUUAGGCUGCGCUUAUGUGGAAUAAAGUAAUUUCCCUCUUCCCCUACAAAUGAGCGGGGUUUGCAUCAAACCUGUUGCUUUAGAUCAGUCAAAAUGGCUGGAACUUGAAAGCCGUAAUAUAAUUUUGUGCUGGUUGAAAAAUGGCUUGUCCCUGCCUCCUUUUGGCAUUAGCUUUGCUUUCCUUUUAAAGGAAAGUAAUGAACUGGGCUUUUUCAUUUUCAUAUUUAAGCUAAUAUUAAUGUUAUUCUUCCUCAUGUUUCCUGCAGAGGCUGAGGCAGUGAAUCAAAUGCGAAGUUACGUUGAUGCAUCACGUCCAGUUAUUCUUUACAUUGACAAGCUCUUCAUUUCCAGAGAAUUGGGAAUAGAUUGGUAAAAACACUGUUAUUGAGACCCCAUUUAUCAGCCCAUAUAUCUAUGCAUUUUGAUAACACCUAGGCUGAAGCGUAGUUACGUCUGUUUUCCUCUUCUGCGUCUCCCCCUUUGUUGAAUUUGUGCCUUUCCUCAGCCAGUUGAAUGUUGAAAACAAACUUGAUUGUUACUGUAGUAAUGUGAGUGUCUGAAUGGUGCUAUGUUUUGAAUUUUGCUGCCACUAUUUUUUCUUCACUCUGUUAACACACAAUUAAAAUUGUAAUUGCCUA